AUGAAGCUGCUGGGGCUCUGGCUCUUGUGCCGCCUGCUCCCCGGCGGGGGCGGCUCCUCCCCACAGCCUUCGGGGAUCCAGCCACGGGGGAGCAGCGGCGGCCGCACUGAGUUGCCCGGCUCCCGGAACCUCACCCGGGCUCGCUGGGGCAGCGGGGAUGGGCGGGAGGAGGCCGCCCUGCGGGAAAGUAUUAAAAGAAUUAGGAGUUUGAAUUCUUUAUCAUCAGAUGACAACACGACUGCUUUCUAUGGAAUAAAUCAGUUUUCUCACUUGUUUCCUGAAGAUUUUAAAGCUAUUUAUUUAAGAAGCAGACCUUACAGAGUUCCCAGAUACACAGAAGUGCUGAAGAGAAAGGAAACACCGUUACCAACAAAGUUUGACUGGAGGGACAAGAAUGUUGUCACCAAAGUGAGAAAUCAGCAAACAUGUGGAGGCUGCUGGGCUUUCAGCGUUGUGGGUGGAAUAGAAUCUGCCUAUGCAAUCAAAGUGAAUAUUCUGGAAGAACUCAGUGUACAGCAGGUCAUUGACUGUUCAUACAACAAUUACGGCUGCCAUGGUGGCUCUACUGUUAGUGCUCUCAGCUGGCUGAAUCAGACACAACUAAAAUUGGUGAAAGAUUCUGAAUACACUUUUAAAGCUCAAACAGGACUGUGCCAUUAUUUCCAGCCCUCUGAUUUUGGAGUUUCAAUUACAGAUUAUACUGCGUAUGACUUCAGUGGCCAGGAAGACGAAAUGAUGAAGAAGCUUGUUAACUGUGGACCUUUGGCAGUGACAGUAGAUGCAGUUAGCUGGCAGGAUUAUCUGGGUGGGAUCAUACAGUAUCACUGCUCCAGUGGAAAAGCAAAUCAUGCUGUUCUCAUCACCGGUUUUGAUAGAACAGGUAGCAUCCCUUACUGGAUUGUACGCAACUCGUGGGGGCACACAUGGGGAAUAAGUGGUUAUGCUCAUAUUAAAAUAGGUAGUAAUGUCUGUGGUAUAGCAGAUACAGUUUCAUCUGUGUUUGUUUGACACCGACUGGCCAAACAAAAAAGCACCCUGCUGGCAGUCAUUUGGCAGAUACUG